AUGCGUCGCACCGCAUUGAUCUCCCUAAUAGCCGCCUGGCAGUGCGCCGCCCUCGCGCCGGCGAACCGCCCGCUCGCCGCCCCGGGCAAGCAUGUGCACGCGCAGCGGGCGCCCGCGCGCGCCCUGCCGCCGCAGGCGGAGCCCGCGCCGGACCUCGAGGCCGCGGUGCCCGACGGGCUGCCCGCGACGCCGUCCUUUAAACUCGUGGCCUUCCUCUGGGCCAAUACGUUGUUAUUAGCACCGGUAGCUUUGGCGGGCGCGGCCAUGGGCGCGAACGUGCUCGGGCCGAACUGGGCCUGGUCCGCGAAGGCCGCGCGCCAGGGCGUCCUCUUCGCGCUCCCGUGGAUCGCGCUGUCCUUCGCGCCGCUGGACAAGUGGGUGCCGGCCAUGGCUGAUGUGACUGCUCAUACCGAACUCCUCACGGCGACGGCCCUGGGCGUCGAGUUCGGCGGCUACCGGCGGUGGGGCCAGGUCGCCGGCGCGACGGCUCUGGUCUCGGCGUCGGCCGGAGCGCUCGAGGAAGCCGCCUUUAGAGGAGUGGCGCAGCGGGGCGUCGCCGCGGCCGUCGCGUGGCUGCUGCGCCUUGGCCGCGCGGCAACGGCCGGCCCCGUCGACCGCGUCGCGACGGCCGUGGCCGUCGGCGUCGUCGCGGGCGGCUUCGGCGCGCUGCACGACUACUGCCGGGGCUACGCGCUGCUGGCGGCGCUCGCGGGCGCGUACUUUGGCGUCGUCUACGCGUGCACGGGGAACCUGCUCGUCGCGGCGGUGGCGCACGCGGCCGUCGACGCUGUGGCCUUCGUCACGUGCUACUGGUCGCUCUGCCGCCGGUCGGCGGCAGACAAGGCCAAGCUCGCCGCGCGGUCGUUCAAGGUCACGGACGCGCUCCGCGCGACGCGGGCGCGGCUCGAGGCGGCGUAAUAUUUUAUCGACAAC